GGCAGCCGCUCAGCCCCCUGCCCCCCCACCGCCCGCCGCCUGGGCCGGGCCGAGGAUGCGGCGCAGCGCCUCGGCGGCCAGGCUCUCUCCCCUCCGGCCAGCUUGCUAACUUCCUCGGCUCCGUCCUUGUCCUCCAGCGAGGGCCACCGCGUGUCCCCGCGUCCUCCGGGUCGGGUCCUCCAGGCGCGCCGGGCGCUUGCCCCUGUGUGUCCCCCGCUGCCAGCCCGCGCCCCGUCCCCGUCCGGUCAUGCUGUCCCUCUGCCUCGUGGCCGCGCUGCUGCUGGCCGCCGGGCCCGGGCCGAGCCUGGGCGACGAAGCCAUCCACUGCCCGCCCUGCUCCGAGGAGAAGCUGGCGCGCUGCCGCCCCCCCGUGGGCUGCGAGGAGCUGGUGCGAGAGCCGGGCUGCGGCUGUUGCGCCACUUGCGCCCUGGGCAAGGGGAUGCCCUGUGGGGUGUACACCCCCCGCUGCGGCUCCGGCCUGCGCUGCUACCCGCCCCGGGGCGUCGAGAAGCCCCUGCACACGUUGGUGCACGGACAAGGCGUGUGCAUGGAGCUGGCAGAGAUCGAGGCCAUCCAGGAAAGCCUGCAGCCCUCUGACAAGGACGAGGGUGACCACCCCAACAACAGCUUCAGCCCCUGCAGCGCCCACGACCGCAAGUGCCUGCAGAAGCACUUAGCCAAAAUUCGAGACCGGAGCACCAGUGGGGGCAAGAUGAAGGUCAUCGGGGUGCCCCGAGAGGAAGCCCGGCCUGUGCCCCAGGGCUCCUGCCAGAGUGAGCUGCACCGGGCGCUGGAGCGGCUGGCCGCCUCACAGAGCCGCACCCACGAAGACCUUUACAUCAUUCCCAUCCCCAACUGCGACCGCAACGGCAACUUCCACCCCAAGCAGUGCCACCCAGCCCUGGAUGGGCAGCGCGGCAAGUGCUGGUGUGUGGACCGGAAGACGGGAGUGAAGCUUCCGGGGGGCCUGGAGCCGAAGGGGGAGCUGGACUGCCACCAGCUGGCUGACAGCUUCCGAGAGUGAGCCUGUCAGCAGGCAGGGGGCUCAGUGCCCCCUGCUGCCCCCUCCCCUGGAGGCUGCAGAGCUGACCUGGAGCCUAGGUCUGAGUCUUGGCUUUGCCUCUGGCGUAGAAGUUUCCUUCGGGGUGUGUUUGUGUGUAUGUGUGUGUGCGUGUGUGCUGAUGAGCAUGGGUGUGUGCUUGGGGUGAGCCGAAGCCUAGGGGUGUCCUCUAUGGGCUUAGAUAACCCAAGAGAGCCCUGGUAUGUUUCCAAAUUGAUCCUGGAUUCAUUCAUCCAUUCAGCCCUUCAGCCCUUCAGCCAUCUAUAAACACUUGUUGACCACAUACUACAUGCCAGCUCUAGUUUGCAGCCCUGGGGACUCAUCUUGACUCCCUCUGAUGUAGAUAUGUGGGGCCACCUCCUGCAAGGUGAGCCCAAGUCUGUGGGAGAAGAGAAGUCCCAGUUCCAUAAUCAGGGGAGGAAAGUAGACAUGUAGCUUGACCAUUGUCCCUCCUCUCAGUCUAGUCAGGAGGUCUAGUCCCUAGCAUAGGGAAGGUGAGGGGUAGCAGGAGACCCACUGAGACCCAAUCCCAAAACUGAAACUUGCCAGGCUCCCAUUUACUCCUCCCCAGGUCCUUUCAGGGGGAAGGACCUGCAGGGGCAAGCCCACCUUGGCUUGAUGCCUGGCAACUGAGACCCUGCUCUGGGGAAGGGAAGAGGUCAGAGGAAGCCCUGCAGAGGGCUGGGGAGGUGAGGCCCAUCUCUGAGCAAUCAGAGUAGGAGGAAAGAAUGUAUGUGCCUGAUGGAGAAAGGGAUCGCCUUGCUGGGAGGUGAGGGACUUGUCUGGGGUCCUCCUUCCUCCUCCGUUUGUGGUCACGGACAGGAAGUCACAGGAUGACGGCAUCCUUCAGUGGCUCACUGUCUGUGGCUCUGCCUUCCUCCCCACAUCUCCUUCCCUGGAUUUUCCUCCCUUAUAUUUCACUACCCCUGGGCAUUUUCUGACUCAACUGGAUGGGCAGAGACUUAGGAACCUACCAGUUGGCCAUGAUGUCUUGUCUUUUUUUUUUUUUUUUUUAACAAAACAGAACAAAACCAAAAAAACCCUAGACAAUGGUGUUUGGUUGAUUUAUUUACAACUAAGAGACUGAGAAUUACUAGGGAUGGGAGAGCUGUCUUAGAUGGUCAAAGGACUGCAAAAGGUCAGCCAGUUCACCCUCCUCUUCCCUGUAGCCUCUUCCUGGGAGGCCGCUCUGUCCCCAAAGUCUGUGCUGCCUGUGUACAGACUCCUGGUGGGUCAGUAAUGGCUUCGGAAGGGAGGGAGCGAGCAGGGACAGCCUUGCUGGGCCAAAGCUAUUUCUGAGAUCAGCUGGUGAGUGAAGCGGGGGCAUUUUCUAGGGCAUCAGGCAGAUUGGGUUUGUGUCUGGAUUUGAUUUAUCAAUUUAGUGGGGGGAGGGACUGCCCUGAAGCUGGGGAAAGGGGUAAGCUCUCCAAUUCAUUCCACAGCUCUGACCGCCUGGAUUCUGGACUGGGGGCUGCACUGAGGUUUGAUUCUGAGGGUUUGGGAGUGCGGUUGGUUAUCUUUAAUCUCACUGUCCUGGGCUCACCGGGCUGUGGGCUCUCAGUGCCAGCCCUAGAAUGUGUGUCCACGUGGUACCGCUGGAUUCCUGGUUAUCUCCCAGUGCUUCUCACCCCUCACUUCUAUGGAGUGUGUGUGUGUACAUGUAUUUGAUCUCUUGAGGUGCUCCCAGGCUUCUCGAUUUCACUGGCCCCGAUGCACUGGCACCUGUGCUGUCUGAAUCUUGAGGCUGGGGCUGCGAUCCUCAUCUCUCUGGCUCUGCCUCGGUGGCGGCAUCCCACAGCCACCUAGUUUUCCCGAGGCACCACAGGCUGCUGCCUGCAGCAGGAGAUAAAGAACAAAGCAACGCUCCUUCAGCCAGGGGGCUGCUCUUCAUAGAACCCCCUACUUCUGGGGCCGAGGCCAAGGCAUACAGGGGGAGGAGGCGAGUGUGGGCUGACAGCGAAGUUUUAGGUCCCUAAGCCAAAUGGAGGGAGAGUAUCUCUUUCCCUAAGGCAUUUCUUUAAAUUCCCCUUUGUCGCCAAUCCCUCUUCCCAGUGCCCUACCCUUGUGUCCUUGGAGUAGGAGGUAAGAGGUCCUUUUCCUUUCAUGGGCCUCCCAGAGAAGUGCUGGGUCUCCUUGGGAGGUGGCUGCACGUGUGGCCUGGGAUGUACCUUUGUGAUAUAAGUGUAUUUAUAACGUGUGUGUGUGCGUGCAUGUGUGUGCAUAUGGCAAAGUGAUACCCAAAGUGUGAGUGACAGUGUAGGCUUUUACAGGGUAAGUGUAUCCAGGCACCGUGUGUAUAGAUGUGGUGCACACUUGUGUGGUGUGUCUGCAGGCUCUGUGAGUCUCAGUAUGAAUGUGUGUGAUGCCAAGAGACAGAGUGAAAUUCACAGUGUAUGUGUGUACUUCCCUCCCCCACUCAUUAGUUGUCAUCAAUGCAGGGCUUGUGGUGGUGGGGUGGGGGUGGGGGCCACUGUCUAGCUCCAGAGAACAGAGGAUGUGUACUUUGGGAGCAGGAAUCCCACAGCUCACAGAUUCCCCACUCCCACCCCCAGUUCCUGCCCCCACGAUCUGGGAGCCAAGUGCUAGUUGUCAAAAAAGAAGGAAAUAAAAGCAACUGCAUGUCAAUGUGA